AUGGAACACCACAUCCAGCCUUUGUCCGCCAGUUUCCUGAUCAAUAAAAUCAUAAGCUCACUUCUGGUUCUGAUUGUUCCAAAGACAAAUACUCGAUCAUGUCACGCCCCAUUUUCACAGAGCAUGCGCAAAUGUACAUUAACGUUCGAUUAUUCGGUAAGAGAGCUCCAUACGCGAGAAACGUUGGAGUGGCAGAUGCCGCAGGUGUUCUCACCCCCACCAGGUACCCAAAGAUUUUGUCUGGUUUUUCUUCUAGUCAAGGGAGGCGAGAAUCAGUGGAGUAUGUCCACGGAUUAUGAUUCCAUAUCGUCGCAGUUGCGUCUGAACCUCAUCUAA